GACGUCAGUGCGCUGGCCGGGCGGGGAGGGCGGUUUGGAGGGCACGCAAGGACGCAAACGGAGGAAAGAUGGCCGACACACCAGUUCCCGUGACUCAGAAGCGGUUGCUGGAUGUGAAGCUGGGGGAGCUGGGCAAGUGGUCGAUGGCCCGAGACUUCACUCCGAACGGGAUCCUGCAAGCUAUACGCAGAGGCCACGACCGUUACUACAACAAAUACAUCAACGUGAAGCGAGGAGGGAUCGGGGGUGUGGCCAUGCUGCUCGGCGGUUAUGUUGUCAUCAGCUACAUCUGGAGCUUCGAGCACAUCAAGCACGACCGCUGGAGGAAGUACCACUGAGGUGGCAAGACGUUCCAGGUCGUUCCAAUCACUAUUUAAGGAAUUGUGAAAGCGCCGCCUGGCUCCAGGGUCGGGAUCGUGACAAUUAAACUUUGGACCAGUUUUUCCUUG